UUGCGAAGAUCAACAGCUCUUUCUCUCGAGCUUGAAGCUUGAAAUUCCAACUCGCAGGUUCUGGGGAUGCUUCUUGCAUACAAAAAACAAGAGCAAUCUCUUUAUAGGACACGUCUUGAUUCUUAGCAAUUUUUGUCUAUGACUCUUUUCCCCUCUAUACUCUUCUCUUCGUCUCAUACAUCCCACUUCGCACAACUGAACGAUCUGGCUUGGUUUGGCGGGGUGAAUUUACUCCACCACCAGAAAUCUCAACUUUAUUUUGCUGUUUCUCCCUGCAGACUCCAACCGCAAACGUCGUCCCCUGACAAACUCUAAGCUACAAUUAUGGCUUCUGACGACGCAGGCUUCGAAAUGUCUGACAACUUUGGUCUUCAACGUCCCAAUUUCCACAUUGGAUACCACGACUCAAAACGCGAUGAGCCCCUCACCGACAUGCAGUAUGGCCAUCUGCUGAACCAUGGUCUGGCCUUUGCGACGACUCCCAUCACAAACACUCACUUCCGAGACCGUGUCUUCGCUCUUGUUUCUGAGCAUCUGUCCGCUCUAUCCGAAAAUGGCGAGAAGCCUACCACCAGGGCAACUGGCUCACGAGCAGAGCCUAUUUUGCCUCCUCUGACUCCGAAGGACACCGCUCUGUUCCCUAGCGCCGCUGUCAACACCUACACUGCAGUCAUCAGCCCCUGGCUCGACCUUGGAUCUUCUAAUCCCAUCAUCUCAAGCAUCUCCCGUCAGGUCCUCAACGUUGAGAUUAAUUAUGCCAACUUUUGCGGUGUGAGAAGCAUCAUGAUUCCUGCCCCUCGACAGGAUGCUUCCAUUGAUGGCGGCAACCAAAGUCUUGCCCAAUAUGCACGAGCUGUUGAGGAGGCCCUUACCGUUGGAAACCGACUCACUUUCUUGAUUCACAUGCCUAUGUAUCGGGAGCCCGGCCUAGAUACAGAGGGAGCUAAUAUCUCUUCCCUUGAUGUCAAGACUCUGACUAAGACCGAAGGAAAGGAUAUCGAUCUUCUGGCCGCUUGGGAUUCGUGGCACCACGUCCGAAGUGUCUGUAACUACAACACUAGACUCUUUGUUGCUUUGCAAAUUCCCCGUGUUAUGCCCGAGAAGGAUCUUCAGGAUCGUUGGUUUGCUGAGCCUUUGCACUACCUCACAUUUAGCCCUCUGACUUUCCAGGCUAACAAGGCUGGUUUCCCAUCGCUGUCUAAGCACCACCAGAACCUCAUCUUCUCGUACAUGCGCUUGAAGAAUGUCCCAUGGAUUCUACUCUGCGACGUUGGCCCUGAUGUUUCACAUAUUAAGGAUGGCCACCAGUCUCUGCCAACCGCUCAAAACGAGUUCCCCAGUUUGGCCGAAGCUGAGUCUCAGGACCAGUCAACCAAGACCAAGAAUAACGACUAUAUUUCCUAUCUGCAAUGGCUCGAGGACCAGCAGCCACCGUUUAGCUAUCUUGAGAGCCCAACCUUGACCAGUUUCCAAGACUGGCUUCAGUCACCUCUCCAGCCUCUGUCAGACAACCUCGAGUCAGCGACAUAUGAAGUAUUCGAGGGUGAUCCCGUCAAGUAUAGUCAGUACGAGAUCGCCGUGUUUGAGGCUCUCACGGAAUGGAAGGAACUCAAGAAGCCUACCUCUAAGGACGGCAAGGUUGUCGUUGCUGUUGCAGGUUCUGGCCGUGGUCCUCUCGUUACUCGAGCACUCAAGGCGUCCGAGGACGCUGGAGUUCCUAUCGAUAUGUGGGCAGUUGAGAAGAACCCCAACGCCUAUGUCUACCUUUUGCGCCAGAAUGACCUCGUCUGGGGUGGCAAAGUCAAGGUUGUCAAGACCGAUAUGCGAGCAUGGAAGGGUCCUAUCGUCUCUGAGGACGAGAAUGGACCUGUAUAUGGCAAGGUUGAUAUCCUCAUCUCUGAGCUUCUUGGUUCAUUCGGCGACAACGAGCUCUCUCCUGAAUGUCUUGACGGAAUCCAGCAUGUCAUGUCCACGCCCCAUGGAAUCUCCAUUCCCAGCUCUUACACCGCUCAUCUGAGCCCUAUCUCGACACCAAAGAUCCACGCUGAUAUCCUUUCGCGAGUAUCUGGAGACCCCAACGCUUUCGAGACACCCUGGGUUGUUCGCCUUUUCGCUCUCGACUUUGUUGCCGAGAAGGUGCCCAACAAGCCCCGAUUCCAGGAGGCCUGGGAAUUCUCUCACCCUAUUCCUGAAUCUUCGCUCGCGGCUCUGGAGGCAAAGCGCUCUGGUGGUGUUGUCGGAGGCGGCGGCGGUAGCAUGGCUGGUGCUGCUGGAGCCAACGACCACAACUCGCGAUAUACUCAUCUCACAUUUGUCUGCCGGACAAGAGGUGUUACCCAUGGAUUGGCGGGCUACUUUGAGUCGACUCUAUAUGAAUCUCAGAUUCCUGAGAACAAGGGAGAGAAGAUUGAAAUUAGCACACAUCCUGAGCGUAUCGAUGAGAAGAGCAAAGAUAUGAUCUCUUGGUUCCCCAUCUACUUCCCCCUGAAGGUAAAUUCCUUCUCCAGCAAGUAUCGAUGCGUACUAACAGAGUUGUAGAAACCUCUCUACUUCCCAGCUGAUACUGAGCUCGAGAUUAGCAUGUGGCGACAGACAGAUGACACCAAGGUGUGGUAUGAGUGGCUCGUCGAGGCUUUCACAUGGGUUAGCCCGACAAGCCGUGUCAAGGUUGCUUCCUCAGAUCUGUGCAGCAGUCGCCAAGUGGCAUGCUUGAUGUAGACGAAUGACCUGGAUCACGGCGAGAAGAACUGGCUGGGAUAAAUGAUGUGACGAAAGAAAAGCUUUGCUUAUGAGUUUGAAAAGGUUAGAAGUCUUGACGUUUGGGGACAGCCGUCGCUUGAAUUGUCAAGUGGCUGUAGCCUGGAUACGAGCUAACUGUUCUUCACAUGAUGGUUCACUAUUUGAGGAAAUCACAUAGCAUUUUUAAGACCGCUAUGAAGCUGGAGAGACAUCCUUAGCUUUGAAUAUCUACAUUGGCUGCCCUUGUGAUGGAGUAUCACGCGAUCAAGUCACGUAUUGUGAUCAAUGUUGUUGCUCUGUUGACUGUAGUAUAAACCGACACGAUACUGAAUGUCUCAAUGCACAUGAUGAGCAUUGAGACAUACUGUCUGCCAUAGUCUUUGUUGCUGGUCUAUUCACAUGCUAUGUUCCACUAGACCGAGCCUCAAUUGAAGUCGAAGUCGGUCAACUUCCGAUCAAUGCACAUGCUUUGUCUCACCUUAUAGGACACUUUACCUGGUCAUUUGGGGAGUAUAGGUGCCUAACAGAUGUAAUUACGGCUCGGUGGACGGGAAAGGUGAUGAUGCAUACGAUGAUACAAGACAAGGUCAUGGUUGACUUGUG